CCAUCAAAAGAGCAUUGGAUAAAACAGUGUAAAAUCCAGUCGGAUUACAUUAGGGUUAGAGUUAUUUGAGCACAGUUGUUCACUCUUUUCCAAGGUUAUUUUGAGCGAUCUGAAAAUGGCGAGCAUUCCCAGACUGGCAGCAGGAAGCAAUGAAGAGCAGGUGGAAUGUCGAGAUGAGCUGAUCACUGAAAUACUUUCGAGGGUUUCAACCAGAGAUUUGCUGAAGAUGUCCACGGUGCGUAAGAGAUGGCGCUCACUCAUUUUUGACCCAUCUUUUGCACAUACCCAUUACAAGAAUUGUGACCGAGAAUCGAUGUUUUGUCUCAUUGACAUACCAGUUAGACGAUCGAUGCCAGAUACCUAUCAGUUCCGCUCUUACAAUUCUCAAACGGGCUUCUCUCUCGCCGAGGACUGCGCAUAUACCCUGGUGUUUGAUUCUCAAUCAAAUUCGUGGUAUAAGGGUUCGCCUCUAUUGCGCUCUAUUGAUAUAUUUUCAUACGAUUAUGUAGGGGAACCACUUUUUUUUGAUGGUGUCAUUUAUUUCGUUUGUAAAGUCGAAAGCAGUACAGAUGCGCAGGAAUUGAAAGAAAUUAGAGAUGUAGAUGCCUUGUUUAGAGAUGACCAAGAUCGUUUAUACAUGAUUAUAGGUUAUGAUGUGAAUCAAGACCAAUGGAACUUUUCUAUUUUCAUUCCUGCCUCAGUAGGGUUUCCAUAUUGCCUUACUGAAUGGGAGGGAAAUCUAUUAGUUUGUGCAUCUAAUUCCACCCAUGAGGAAAACCUGUUUGUAUUGGCAGCAAGUUCCACCCACGACCGCAAUCGGAGAAUUAGAUACAGCUGGGAUGAGGGUGAUGGGCAUUUUGUGUUCUGGAUAUUGGAUACAGAGCAUAAGCUGUGGACACGAGAACGGGAAUUAGAUUUAUCACAUCAGUUUCACACUUCCUGGAGGGUAUCUGCAAGCGGUGGUUUAGUAUGGUUUACAUGUGGUUACAAUUCUGUCACAGUUUACCAUAUGAAGAACAGACAUUGGUCAACUCAUCGACUAGACAUCACAGCUUCUGCUUUGCGGAAGCGAAAUCUUACAUCAUUUGUAUGUUUUGAGCCUACGCUUUUGGCAUUUUGAAACCCUUUUGUGAAACUGGUAGUUGGAUUACAAUUUUGUUGCUGUUUCAAUUCAUGUAAAUUAUUGUGCGUGUGUGACAAAUAAUCUGACUUGAAAAAUACUUUUGGGUUUAGUUAUGUCGGUCUGAUUUAGUUGAGCGUAGUUGUCGGUACUGUCGAAGUGUAACAGAGGCAGCUCCUCCAGGAUUGCUUCUUGGCUAUCUUUCUGUCAUUCUUGGCUAGCCUUAAACAAUUUGCCAUUUCAUGUU